AUGAAAGAAUGGCUUAUGUUGGUAUACGUGUUUCUACCAAUUAUUUUUGCGACAGAAGAGAGUCUGGAAACGUAUAUUUCUACAAUUCUUAAACAGCUUGGUGACGUAAAAGAUGACAUUAAAGCGAUGCUUGAAUCAAAUAGUGCAGUAGAAAAACUAAGAAAUAUGGAUAACAAAAUGUUUAAAAAUGCGCAGAAAUUGCAUCAUUCCUUCCAAAAUGGCUAUAAGGACUAUAAGAAUUCAUCUGAUGGCCUUAAAUGCUACACUAAGACAAUGACGUAUGCAAUCGACCAGCUGAACCUCAUAAAGCAGUUUGUGUGUGAACCAGGAAUAAAUGAUGUGGUGAAAUUGAGUCCAGAUGUAUAUGAUGAGAUCAAGAAUACCAUAAAGGACAAAAAGGUACUUACGGAGCAUCAUGGUGAGAUAAGUGUCGAUGGAGAAAAGGUUGUCAAAUUUAAUGAGAGUUUGUUAACCCUUCUAGACCGAUUUCUGGAGGUUACAACCGAGCUUGACUGUCUUUGUCUUAAAGUUCUCAACGAUAUAACAGUGGAUGUGUGUAUUUUGCGAAGUAUUAUCAGUCGACAUAGCUGCAAAGCAUGCAGCGCCGGAGUAAACAACACGAAAAAAACCGAACCUGCACGCAAAUAACGAAUUUGUGGGUUAGAAAGUGGUUAAUGGGUCGAAUUUAGUGGAUCAUAAUCUGAAAAUAAUGACAGCAAAGAAUAAUUAAAGUUAUAUGUGCGAA